ACAUUUCGGACCGGACCAUGCCGGACCAAAUCACCGCACACCAAUAAUAAUACGAGUAUAAACAUAUCGAGGGCCAGCCGACGUUGGUGAGCAGUGCGCCUCAGUCCUCGAACGGAUUCAUUCGCUAAUCUGGAACCAACGACAUGAACAGCAUCAACUUCGCGGUGGAGUUUGACCACGAUGAGAACAUACUGGAGCACUGUGGACCGGCGUCCUAUCUAUCGGAAUGCCUGGCCUCGCUCAUCUUGGAUGACGAGAGCUCCGAGCGUCUCCGGCAGAAACUUCUGCUCUACAAGGCCGAAGCAGACUUUCUGGAAUCGAACUUCGACCCAGCCGACUAUUAUGUUCAGAAGGAGGAACUGAUCUUCAAGAUAGUUUGUGAAGUGAAAGGCAUUGACUAUGAUCAGUGUUUGAAGAAUGAGCCGUAGGCUUGCCUUGGCCUAGCCUUGGACCCAAUGUUUGGACCAAUUCAAAUAAAACAGAAUUCUGAAAACUAAAA